AUGGACGACAUCCCCGUCCACUACACGCACAGCGCGCCCUCGCCCGCCGCCCGCGCCAGCCCCUCCCGAGGCGCAGCACACGCGACACGCGACUCGCUUGGAGCUGGAGGGAGGACGGAUGCGCGUGCUGGACCGCAGGACGGCGAUGACGGGGAAGGGUUGUUGCCCCACCCUUUUCAGGUCGGAUUGGGUGCUCCGUCGCAGCCUCAGACUCAGGCUGGACAGGGCGCACAGGACGGAAAAGGGGGCGGCCAGAACGCGGCGGCAAAGGCGGCGGAACAGAGUGUCGAGGCGUUGUUGCAGGAUGCGAUUGAGCGCACUCAGCGCGCGACCGGGCCGCAGGACGGUGCUGCGCAGGGACAGCAGGGACAGGGGACGACGGCGGGAACGGGCGCGGGCGCAGGCGAGCAGGGACAGGCGCAGGUCGACCAUCUCGAGUUGAUUCGCCAGGCUUCGCUCGGAAACGGCGCAGGCGCCGGCGCUUCAGGCUCGACUGAUGCUACGACCAACAACGCCCUGCCGAACCCUCCUCCCGUCACGGACGCCGCACCCGCCGGUUCUGCCUCGCCCUCAAGCGCCUCUGCCUCGCGUCCCGCCAAAGGUCCCGGUUCUCGCGCGCGCUGGACACCCGCCGAAGACGCGCGUCUCAUCGAGCUAGUCAAGAUCGACCCACCGCUCACCUGGAACGAGAUUGGAGCGAGGAUGGGCAGGCCCCCGACUGGGUGCGGGAUGAGGUGGUACAAGUUCUUGAGGGAGAGGGUGGCGGAGGACGAUGGAGAGGAGGCGGUGGGCGAGAAGGAUAGGAGCGGGGGAGCUGGACAGGCGCAGGCUGAGGCGUCAGCCGAGGGACAGGCGCAGCAGCAGCAGCAGCAGGCUCAGGCAACGGCAGCGGCAGCGGCCGCGAACCCCCAAGCCGCCUCGACUUCGGCCGCCAACGGCUUGCACCCGAGCGGCGACAUGAUCGUCGGUGGUUCGAGAGGUCAACACGACCACGCCGUCUUCCCACCCGCCGCCGCCGCCGCUACCGGUCCUUCCGGCUCGCCCCGCCCCGUCCUUCCGCUCCCCUACGUCCCGGCCGACCAGCUCCCGCCCGCUCUCCCUCCCGCCGCCGACCUCGCCGGCCACCCCUUCCCGCGAGACUCCUCCCCGACGACCAAGAUCCACUCGAAUGCCGGCACGCACUACCUCCCUGCCACUGCACUCGUCUCUCACCCCCCUAUCCCGUUCAAGAAGAACCAGGUUCUCAGGGGGAGGAGGACGAAGGACCCGAAGAUCUUGGAGGAGGAGAUGAAGGCUCAGCAGGAGGCGGCGAGGAGGAAGGCUGAGGAGAUGAGGGCUCAGUCGGCGGCUGCGGAGGGCGAGGACGACGAGGAGCUUGAUGAAGAGGGCAAGAGGAAGAAGAAGACUGCGGCGAGGCCGAGGGGGAAGGGCAGUGCGGGUGGGCUUGGAGCGAAGGGUGGCACGAGCAAGGGUGGGAACAUAGUCCAUAAGUGCCCGGCUGAGAACUGCACGGCUGCGUUCAAACGCAGCGAGCACCUGCGCAGGCACUACAAGGCCGUCCAUCGCGGCGAGAAGCCCUUCCCGUGCACGGUCGCCGACUGCGGCAAGGCCUUCUCGCGCAAGGACAACCUCCAGCAGCACCAAGCGAUGGUGCACUUCGUCAAAGCGCUCUAUCACUACCCGGAUGGCACGACCUCGACCGACCCUCCCGAGCCCGGCCAGGAAGGCGUCACGACCACGUUCGAGGCGGUCGAUAUCUCCAAGACGCCGCGCGGGGCGCAGAAGUUGAGCCGCAUCAAGGGGAAGCAGGAGGAGCGCGCGAAGGAGGCGAAGAAGAUUGCGGAUGAGCGCGAGAGGGGCGAUAGGGAGGUUUCGGCGAGCGCGUCGGCCGAGGGAGGAGACGCCCACGCUGGACCGUCGACUUCCAACUCGCAUGCCAAGGGCGUCCCGCCGUACGUGCGCGGCUUGAUGGACGCAUCGGGCGUCGAGGGCGCCUACUCGGUCACGUCGUCGAUGAGUCCUGGUCCGUCAAACGAGCGCGGGGCGUCGAUGUCGAACGGCGACGCACACCACGUCGUCGGCAACAAGCGCGGUCGCUCAGCGGUCGACUCGGAUGCGGAAGGAGGUGCAGGUUCGGACGCCGCGGUCGACAAGCGCCUUCGCCUCGGCGGCAUCGACCCUGCGCUCGGCGGGAACGGCGGCUUCUACCCUACCGACCCGGCUCUCCAAGCUCUCGCCGCGCAGGUGCAGCACAACGCGCACGCCGCCGGCUACGACUCUGCCGCCGCCCAGCAACAACAACGCGACCUCCUCUCGGCUCUGCAGCGCAUGGCGCAGCAGGAAGCGGGCGGGCCGGGUGCGUCGGGAGACGACCACCACCUCGAGUUGAGGCCCGACUUUAUCGUACCCGGCUUGGAGGCGUUCCUCAAUCAGCAGGCGGCGGAGGCGGCGCAGCAUGGUGCGGGUGGAGGGGCUGCGUGA